GGCUUUUGACCCCAGACACUGGUCGCCAUAGCAUCCAGGGUCCUCACAGGCUGCCCUGCUCGCAGAGUGCCCCUGAGCAGAGGAACCUGGGGAGCCGGGGGGUGGAGAGGGGUGUCUGCUUCACUCUAGGGCAUCCUGGGACGCAGCAGGAUGGGCGGGCGGCCUUCAAGCCCCCUGGACAAGCGGCAGCAGCAGCACCUGAGGGACCAGGUGGAGGCCCUGCUGAGGGACUUCCUGCCUCAAUACCGCGAGCAGCUGGCCGCCUCUGUCCUGCAGCAGAUUUCCCGGGAGCUGGUCCCCCAGGAGCCGGCUGAAUGCCAACUGCUGCACAGCAAAAAGCUCCCCCGAGUCCGUGAGCACCGCGGGCCCCUGUCCCAGCUGUGGGGCCACCCACCCCAGUGGCAGCCCGUCUUCUGUGUCCUGCGUGGGAAUGGCCACCUGGAGUGGUUCAGCCACAGGGAGGAAUAUGAAAACGGGGGCCGUCCUCUGGGCUCCGCGGCCCUGACAGGGUACACAGUCCUGACUUCCCAGCGCGAGUAUCUCCACCUGUUGGACACUCUCUGCCCGGACUCCUCAGGAGACCACACGCAGGAAGAGCCUGACCCCCUCCUGGAAACGCCCGUGAGCUUGCCCCUGUUCCUGCAGCACCCCUUCCGAAGGCACCUCUGUUUCUCUGCAGCCACAGCGGAGGCCCAGCGUGCGUGGAGGCUGGCCCUGCAGGGUGGCAUCCGGCUCCGUGGCACAGUCCUACAGCGAAGCCAGGCCCCUGCCGCCCGUGCCUUCCUGGAGGCCGUACGGCUCUACCGGCAGCACCGAGGCCACUUUGGCCACGACGACAUGACGCUGGGCUCGGACGCGGAGUUGUGGAGAGGACCGGAGGCCCUGGCGGUGGCACGUCUGAGCCGGGUUGCUCAGUCAGAUGGCAGAGGGGCGCCCACUCGGCUCAGGUACAACGUGAGCCGGACUGGCAUCCGGACUCGGCCUUCCCGGCAUCGCUUCUCAGCCGACCCCACCGCGCUCGAAGCGAAGCCUCGGUUCUCAGGAAAAUGGGGCGGAGCGGGUGCUCAGUCUGCGUUCCGCCCACCUCACCCUGCGGAGCCUCGGGCCUCCCAGGACCCCGCUUGCGGAGCACGUGGCAAGAGAGACCCAGGCCAGUGCCUUCCGCCCUCAGCCGAAGUCCAGGGCGCCCUGGAGUGCUGCCUGCGCAGGAGGGUGGACGCACAGCUGCCCCGGGUCACGCAGACUCUGCUGGACAUGGUGGAAGCCGCACUGGCGGCCGUGCAGACCCUCCUAGCCCAGGGCAUGGACCGCCUGGGCCGCCACCUGCGUGGGAAUCCCUCGGGCGCCCGGCUGCGGAAAGAGGUUUACUCCUUCGGGGAGAUGCCGUGGGAUCCGGAGCUGAUGCAGGCUUGCUACCGCGAGGCUGAGCGGGGCCGGGGCCGCCUGGAGCAGCUGGUGGUGCAGUUUGGCUUCCUCGGAGCACGAAGUCUGGUGUUUGGGGCCCAGGAUCUCGCACAACAGCUCAUGGCCGACGCCGUGGCCACCUUCCUGCAGCUGGCCGACCAGUGUCUGACCAGGGCCCUGGACUGCAACCAGGCUGCCCAGCAGCUGGAGAAAGUCAGGGGGCGCGUGCUGAAGAAGUUCCAGUCGGACAGUGGCUCAGCGCGGAGGAGGUUCGUCCGCGGGUGGCAGCUCUGCAUCUUUUUGCCCUUCGUGCUGAGCCAGCUGGAGCCGCGCUGCAAAGCGGAGCUACUUGAGUUGGAAGGGGACGUUCUUGCUGUGGGCAGCCCCGCCCUGACCAUCGAGGGCAUCUAUGAGGAUGUCAUCCGGGGGGUCCUGCGGCAGAGGAUCGACGGAGAGCUGAAAAAGGCCCUUGGUGCCAGCGACGUAUCCUGUACUCUGGACAGCUGCUCAGAUGUUCCAUGGGACCAGGCAGGAGCAGAUGAGGGAACUGAGGCUCAGAGAGGGACUUGCCCCAAGCAGCCAGGCUCCCACACUGAGGCCCAGCCGCUCUGCCCGCUGCUGCCUCCAAGGACGUUCCGGAGCUGAUCUGCCCAUAGCCAUCUUCGUGUCAGCAGAGAAAUGUCUCCCAGUGGGAAUUCCGUGUCAAACGAAUCAAGCCAGGCUCUCAUAACCAGCUCACCUCUGCCUCACUCUUCUGAAGGGCCGCGCCUUCUCACAUUCCCACCAGCGGAAUUUGUGCAUGUUCUCCAGAUCCUUUCCAAAUAUUAGGAAUUUUCAUCAAAGAAAAAAAGUCAACUUGAUGGGCACACACAUUUCAUUUUUUAAUUUUGAAUUUCUCUGAUGACUGAAGUGAAUCUAAAAAUGUUUAUUGGCCAUUUAUAUGUUUGUGGGUUAACAUUGAAUUGUCUGUUCAUGGUUUUCCAUACCUCUCCCUGCCCCUCCCCAGAUUUUAUAUUUUUCAUAUGCAUCCCUGGUAACUCUGUAUAUAUUAAUGGUAUUAACACUUUGUAUCUAGAUUACAGAUUUUUUUUCUCAGCUUGCUGUGGGCCUUUUGGGUUUGCUUACACCGUUCCCAAAUUUAACUCGGUAACAAGUUUCUCAGCGGAGAGAACUUAGACAGACUUCCCUCUGUUGCCAGAAAAGUCAUCUGUGCACUUGAGCUUGGCAGCUUCCCCGCAUCACAAGCCUUCCAGCUGCUUCCGGAGCCGGUUCCUGAGGGACUUCCCCAGUGUUCUUCUCCUCUCGGCUUUCAGGGGGGCCUGCACAGCCCACAGCGAUGGCUUCCGCCCAUUCUGUCCUGGAGAUUUGAGCCUCCCCCAGAGGAAUAAGAUUUCCCUCUCGUUUCCGGAUGUCCCCCUCCACCAUCAUCUUCUGAGAUGCAUUUGUGCUUCACAGCCCUGUCCCGGCCAGCUGGCUGCGUUUUACCCAGGAUGUCGACGUCAUUCUGGGAAAAUCUCAGCAACAAGACCUUGUCACCCCACCCACUUCGGGAAAACCGCUGUGUGCCCCGGGGUCUGAAUCCUCCCGGUCUUCUCUCGGGGUGUCAGAACAGGAGGCACGUGUCGCCCUGUUCUUCUUGCUUAAUGUGAAAGACCUUUUGCUGCCAGGACUCCUCUCCUCCACUCAGAGUCAAACCACGUAACCAGAAAAGGCUGGGCUGUGUUUCUAAAAGAUUCAGCCCCAAACUUGACCUGUGCAGAUAAUUACUGAAAAAAAAAAAUCAGAAAACAGGCGCAAAGUAGAGAAAUGUAAUUAGAGGAAAGGCAUGGACAGGGGAAGAGCCUGAAGAGAAGGAGGGGCGAGUGUCACCUGACUCCAUAGACAUGCUGGGAGGUUUGGGGCUCCCCGACCCCAAGCUCCCAUCUUGCAUGCCAACCAGGACACACAACCUCGUCCCCGAAUUUUACCUAGCAACCUUAACCCUCUGCCAUGCACAUUAAUAAAUAUACA